GAUGGUGCAUUUAGUGUUUGGUAUGACGUCUUUACGUGUGCUAAGCCUAGAUUAUGGAAGGGUGUCUCUUCGCAAGAAUACCCGCGAUGAUGAUCUGGUCGCUCGCAUGCGCAGAAUCAGUAAUAUACAAAUACCAGACGACAUCUGGGAGCUGAGAGGGCCGGCCUAGACGUCCUCAGGCAAUUUCGGCGCUUGUGAGCAGCUGCUGCAUACGGUCGAUCAUGAGCCUAGCAUCCUCCGUCUCGUCUGGCCGAGACUGUUCUCCUCGCCCACAUAUACUUGUCGGCCGACCCUCGCCUUUCCGUCGACGCUCUACCCGCAUUUGGGCCCCUGCAUCGCGAGACCCAAACCCGCAAACGCGUCUCCUAGGGGAUCGUUUUCUUCCCAGAGCGUCUGCCCGGACUGACCUGCUAAAAUUCGAAGCCUCGGAGGCACACCCGCGCACUCGAUGACGCGCACCCACGCCCGCUCCCAGAGUCCCGCGCCCGGCGCAGAGGCCAGCGACGAGCCUGCGCUGCUCAAGCGCAUGAAGGUCAGCCAUAUCUCGGGCCCCGAGGACGUCGAGGGCCACUUUGCCGCUGAGCUGUUCGCCCACGGGAACAUCCACCGCCUGCACGCCGAGUACGAGCAGAGCGGCCCGUUCAAGCACGCCGUCGUCGACAAGCUCUUCCAGGACGACCUCCUCCAGCGCGUGAAGGACGAGGCGCUCGCCGAGCUCAGCUUCUCGGAGAAGGAGACGGAUAUUUACAAGGUGAAGCAGACGGGCGAUCUGGCCUCGCUCUCGUUCCUCACCGACGAGCAGCGCGCGCUCCUUCCCAACCUCCUAGCCCUCCGCGAUGCGCUGUACUCGGCCGAGUUCCGCGCAUUCCUCCGCGCGGUUACUGGCUGCGGACCGCUCUCGGGCAGCAAGCAGGACAUGUCGAUCGUCUCGUACGUGAAGUCCUGCCAUCUGCUCAACCACGACGACGUGAUUGGCACCCGGCGGGUGUCGUACAUCCUCUACAUGCCCCUCCCCAACUAUAUGGGCUGGCAGAAGGAAUGGGGCGGUGCGCUCGAACUGUACCCAACGAAGUCGGGACCCGACGGUGUUCCCGAGCCUGAGCCUGUCCCAAGCAAAAGCAUUCCCCCAAGCUGGAACCAGUUUGUCUUUUUCGAAGUGCAACCAGGGCAGAGCUUCCACUCUGUAGAGGAGGUCGUCGUCGGCGAGGGCGAGGACGGGCGACAGCGACUGAGUAUCAGUGGAUGGUUCCACGCUGCCCAGCAGGGCGAGGAGGGCUACCAGCCAGAAAACGCGCCCGAGCUUAAGAGCUCACGCGAGCAGCUUGUGAGGACAUCGUCAUCAACAGACUUCAAGUCAUAUACAAAUAUAGAAGACCCACCCUUGCCUGACGAGCCGCUCAGCGACGACGAUAAAUCAUUCCUCUCCCAGUUCCUGAAUCCCGUAUAUCUGCAGCCCCGGACGAUGAAGGGCCUUGCCUCGCGCUUCGUCGAGGAGUCCUCUCUCGAGCUGCACGAGCUUCUGUGCGCCCCGCUUGCAGCCAAACUCGGGGCAGGCCUUUGUGCCGUUGAUGCAGCGGACGGUGUCGGCCCACAGCGCGCGCCGCCCAUCCCUCCGCAUACUGCGGGCUCGGAAGGCGCGUGGACGAUCAAGGGCCCGCCACACAAGUGGCGGUACUGCACGUUGAAGGGCCAGCAGAGCAGCAGGACGGCCAGGACGGACCCGCGGUGGGCGGAGGAGUCGCCGGAUGAGAUCGUGCGCGCGCUGCAGGACGAGCUGUUCCCGAGCGCGCCCUUCCGCGCGUGGCUGGCGGUCGUCACACGCCUGCUGCCUCUGCGGUACGCGGUGGAGGCGCGCCGUUUCCGCCCGGGCUUGGACUAUACGCUCGCAACGGGCGAGACGAAGGAGACGAGGCUGGACGUGGUGCUUGGGCUGACGCCCCAAGUCGGCACGCCAGACGAGAGUCAGGAGAUGAUCGGCGAGGAGGAGGAGCUACAUGGGUGGCAGAGUGGUGAAUGGGGUGGCUGGGAGUGUUAUAUGGCCCCGCACGACGAGGAGGAUGAUCCGGCCGUAUACCGGUCUGGCUCGCACAAGUCCAAGUCGGGAACGCCAAACGGUGCUGCUGCGAACGGCCACGGCGCGAACAGGAACGGCACCAAUGCCAACGACCACACCAACGGAAACGGGCACACCCGUGCAAAUAGCCACGGUUCGGAUGCGAUGCAGGAAGAUGAGGAUGAAGAGGACGAGGACAAUGGCACACUGCUGACCGUACAGCCCGGCUUCAACCGCCUGCUACUCGUGUUGCGCGACGAAGGCGUGAUGCGCUUCGUUAAAUAUGUGUCUGCCGCGGCUCAAGGCUCGCGUUGGGACGUAUGCGGGGAGUUCGAGGUCGGAAUGGUUGAGACUGACGACUGA